AUGAAGUAUAGGACGACAAGUGAUAGGAGGAAAGGAGCGGCGAUUUCAACAUUUUCCGAUCUACCGUCCCUUUUCCCCUUUAACCCUAACCCCAUUCGCUCUCGAUCAAACCCCAAUUCUCCAUCUGUCCCCUCUGCGACUUCAACGGCAACACAACUUCUCUAUCAGACACAAUGUACAACUACUUAUCGUUUCAAUCAAGCAUUUAAAUUGACAGCUUUUGGUGGGGUCGACAACACGAUUUCAACAAGAUUUGUUCUCCCUGAGAUGAAAAAACUAUCAACUGGGAUUAAAUUUGUCUCUCUUGCUGUAUUGUUGGUUAGCUGUGGUAUGACAUUUGUUUCAGUUUUGAAUUUUUAUCUGCUUUUGCAGCUGAUACCACAAAUCUUCAUACGCAUAUACCCUUUACAAUUUUCUUUCACGAGAGAGGUGUGGAGCAAGCUUGGUCGUAUGCAACAGAGGAAUCGAGUAAAGAGCAAGUUGGAAGAACUUAAUCAUAUUUGCACUGCUACAAAUGGUGGCGAAUUCCGAUUCUGUGGGAAUUAA